CCGCUUUAUUGUACCCCAUUUCGGCCCGCACUGCCCCCCAGUGUCGCGGAGGCCUCCGAGGCUUGUGCUACGCUGGUUCCGUUGACCUCCCAUCACUCCCCAGUGGAGGAACGCGCUUGACGGCGUGAGUUUGAUGGUGAAUCGCUGCUGCGGUGACGGGAGGUGGAGCGGCAGCCGCAGCCACAGCCACUUCAGAAGGAGCGCUAGCAGAGACGGCGGGACUUAAGACUUUAGGUUUCGUUUUCUUCCUUCCUUCUCCAGUACACACCUCUCUCUUGUCAUCGGGACUUACCGAAGCGGAGAGAGGGAAGGGUGAAAGAAAGACGGGGAACGCAAGGAGAGAGAGGGAGGGAGAGAGAGAGGGGGUGGGGGAAGGAAGGAGGAAAAUAAAUAAAUAAAGGAAGAAAGAUGGCGGCUGCUGCGGCGGCGGCCUCGCCGGGUUCCUGCUCCUCCACCUCCUCUGACUGGAUUGUAUUAAAGGACGGUUCCCUGCGCUGCGACGAGGAAGGUCUGAGAAGCCUCUCCUACCACCCGGCUCUCAAUGCCAUCUUGGCUGUCACCAGUCGCGGCAGCAUCAAAGUCAUCGAUGGUACAUCGGGGGCCAUCCUCCAGGCCUCGGCCUUGCACGCUAAAUCAGGUGGACGGGUCAAGUGUCAGUACUUCUCUGCUGUGGAUAAGGUUCUGUUUGUAGAUGAUUAUGCUGUAGGAUGUAGAAAAGAUCUGAAUGGGAUCCUUUUGUUGGACACUGCUCUGCAAGCACCAGUCACAAAACAGGAAGAUGAGGUGCAGCUGGAGAUACCAGUCACAGAGGCCCAACAGAUGCUUUCUGCUUGCUUGGAGAAGGUAGAUGUUUCUAGCACUGAGGGCUAUGAUCAGUUCAUUUCACAGCUUAAAGAUGGUCUGAAAAAUACCUCACACGAAACAGCAGCAAAUCAUAAAGUAGCAAAGUGGGCAACAGUAACUUUCCAUCUUCCACAUCAUGUGCUAAAAUCCAAUGCGAGUGCCAUUGUGAAUGAAUUGAAGAAGAUAAAUCAGAAUGUCGCUGCCUUAUCUGUGGCCUCAUCAAUAAUGGACAGAUUAUCCUACCUCUUACCAAGCGCACGGCCUGAGCUGGGGGUUGGCCCAGGGCGAUCUGUAGAUAGAUCCUUAAUGUACAGUGAAGCGAACAGAAGAGAGACUUUUACAUCAUGGCCCCAUGUAGGAUACAGGUGGGCACAGCCUGAUCCAAUGGCCCAAGCUGGAUUUUACCAUCAGGUAGGCAGUCCAGCCUCUACAGGUGAUGACCGGGCGAUGUGUUUCACUUGUAGUGUGUGCUUAGUGUGUUGGGAGCCUACAGAUGAACCUUGGUCUGAACAUGAGAGACAUUCCCCAAAUUGUCCCUUUGUUAAAGGUGAACAUACCCAGAAUGUACCCCUUUCUGUAACACUGGCAACAAGUCCAGCCCAGUUUCCGAGCACAGAAGGCACAGACAAGAUAGCAUGCUACGGGUUUGGGAGCUGUCCACACUUCCUUGCUGCUGCUACAAAACGUGGGAAAAUUUGUGUGUGGGAUGUAUCAAAGAUGAUGAAGGUGCACUUGAAAUUUGAGGUCAAUCCAUAUGAUCCAGCAAUUGUACGGCAGCUUAUUUUGUCAGGUUGUGAGCAGGGAGUAGGAACAGAGUCCAGAAGACCAACAUUAGCCUGGUUAGAAGAUUCUUCUAGCUGUUCAGAUAUACCAAAACUUGAAGGAGACAGUGAUGAUCAACUGGAAGAUUCAGAUAGUGAAGAUCAUUCCCGAUCAGAGUCUAUCACAGGGCAUAUAUCUCAGAAGGAGGGCAUGGAGGUUAACCUUGGUAUCACAGCACUUAGUAUUCUGCAGCAGCCUGAGAAGUUACAGUGGGAGGUUGUAGCCAAUGUCUUGGAGGACACAGUUAAGGAUCUGGAGGAACUUGGAGCUAAUCCUUCACUAGCCACUACAAAAAGUGAAAAAGUGAAGGAAAAACAUGUUGAACAUCACAACAUUCCCUUUCCUUGCCUUCUAGCAGCAGGGUUGUUGAGCUACAGGUCACCAGCAGCAUCUCCUCUCAGUAGCAACUCCCGCCGAUCGCUGGAUGGUUUGUCUAGGACUCAAGGGGAGAAUUUUUUGGAGCAGGGUCCAAUGGACAUUGAAACUUGCAGUAAUUCUGAACUUAGUUCCCCAUUUGUUAGGAGGACUAUGCCUGUGCUUUUGCUCUAUAGCAUAAAAGAAUCGGAUGAGAAAACGGGUAAGGUUUUUGCACAAAUGAACAAUCUAAUGAGCAAGAGCUUGCAUGAUGAAGGCUUCACUGUGCCUCAGAUAAUAGAAAUGGAAUUUGAUUCUCAUGAGCAGUUGUUGCUCCAGGACCCACCUGUCACUUACAUCCAGCAGUUUGCAGAUGCAACAUCUAAUCUUGUUUCUAUGGAUUCAGACAAGUGGAACUCAAUGGUACCAAAGCCGGGGACACUGGUCCAGUGCCUACGACUGCCUAAGUUUGCAGAGGAUGAGAACUUGUAUGUGGAUUCCAUUACUCCUUGUGCUGAUGGAGUACACCUGUUGGUAGGACUACAGUCUUGCUCUGUAGAGUCCCUGAGUGCAAUAAAUCAAGUGGAAGCCUUGAAUAACCUAAACAAAUUGAAUUCUGCAUUGUGUAAUAGACGGAAAGGAGAAUUCGAACCUAUCCCUAGUAUAGCUAAUGGCUUAGGCAUUGGUGUCCUGAAACAAGGAUCUUCCCCUGGAGCACAAACUCCUCUCAUUAUUCCUCCUGAGCAAAGGAGUUUGAGUGGAGGGUACUUAGUACUGUAUAAAAUGAACUAUUCCUCCCGGAUAGUAACGUUGGAGGAGGAGCCAGUUAAAAUCCAGCAUAUCAGAGACCCUCAGGAUGCCAUUACCUCACUAAUUUUGCUUCCGUCUGAUAUUUUGGAAAACCGAGAGGAUGACUGUGAGGAAGUUUUGGAGGAGGUCCCUACUGCGUUCAAAAAUGGGAAUGUUAAAGAAAAAAAAACUGAUGUUUCAGGUCUUGGGCACUUGGUGGUUACAACUCAGGGAGGUUACAUAAUGAUAUUAGAUCUGUCCAGCCUGGAGGUAUUGGCCAAAGUUGAGCCACCAAAGAAGGAGGGCGCUGAAGAGCCAGAUCCCUUUGUCUCAGUGACUUACUGCUCUGGGACGGACAGGCUUUGUGCCUGUACUAAAGGUGGUGAACUUCAUUUCCUUCAAAUUGGAGGAGCAUGUGAUGAUAUUGAUGAAUCUGAUAUAUUUGUUGAUGGUCCCCUAUCUAAAGGGGUGGAACAGCUUUGUGAAGGUGUUAAACCAUCCUCUAACCCUUCAAGUCCUGGGGUUGCAGGAGUUGACCUUUUGGUGGAGCAGCCCUUCUCUGCAGAAACCCUGACAUCUCUAGUGGAGCUGACUCGCUUUGAAACUCUGACGCCACGAUUCUCAGCAACAGUCCCACCUUGCUGGGUUGAGGUGCAGCAAGAGCAGCAGCAAAGGAGACAUCCACAGCACUUGCACCAGCAGCAUCAGGGGGAUGCAGCACAGCACACACGCACUUGGAAACUGCAAGCUGAUGGGUCCAGCUGGGAUGAACAUGUAUUUGAGCUGGUCUUACCUAAGGCUUGCAUGGUGGGACAUGUGGACUUCAAAUUUGUCAUGAACUCCAACAUCACAAACAUUCCACAAAUUCAAGUCACACUUCUGAAGAACAAGUCUCCAGGACUUGGGAAAGUGAAUGAGUCAGCUGUUGACAGGCAGAUCUCCUUUCCCUUAUCUCAAUCUUUGCAUGUUAAUGGGGAGAGAAGUGAGAAGCCGGUGCUUGGAGAUCUUGGAGAGGAUAUGCAGUUUAUGGAAAUUGAAGAGAUACAAGGAUCAAGAUUAUGUUCAUUUUUAGAAGAUCACAAAGAAGAUAUUUUAUGUGGACCUGUUUGGCUGGCUAGUGGUCUGGACCUUUCUGGGCAUGCUGGAAUGCUAGCAUUAACAAGUCCAAAACUUGUCAAAGGUAUGGCUGGUGGAAAGUAUCGUUCAUUUUUGGUACACAUAAAAGCAAUCAAUGACAAAGGAUCAGAAGAAACCUCUAGGCCAGUUGUGAGAAUGCCAGCAUCUAAACCACAGGGUAGCAAAGCACAGUCACUUUCAUCACUCCUGCAACGGGUGCAGGCAAAUAAGGAAAAAGUAUCCACUUCAAAGACUGAGCCUAGCUCUUCCUCAAAAAAACCUGAUAGCCUUAGAGGCUGUGAUUUGCUGCAGGAAGUUUCUGUGACAAUUAGAAGAUUUAAGAAAACCUCGAUUCCCAAAGAAAGAGUUCAGCGGUGUGCCAUGUUACAGUUUCCAGAUUUCCACGAGAGGCUGUUGCAUAGUCUUUGUAAGAAGGCGGAAGAUAGUCCUGUCACUGAGCAUUCUCAGAGCCUGGCGUUAGAUAUUCUUUGUUGGUUAGCUGGUGUUUAUUCGAAUGGGCCUUGCAGCUUAAGAGAAGGAAAAGAAGGCUUGCUUUCAAAAACAAGAAAGCUUCUCACAGAUAUAGUGCGGGUUUGCUUCUUUGAAGCAGGCCGAAGUAUAGCUCACAAGUGUGCCAGGUUUCUUGCACUUUGCAUAAGCAAUGGGAGAGGUGAUCCAAGUCAGCAAGGAUUUGGGUCUGCAUUGCUGAAUGCUUUGCUUGAUAAUAUGCCUUAUUUGCCCGCUGCUGCAACUGGGGGAUCUGUGUUCUGGUAUUUUGUGUUGCUGAACUAUGUGAAGGAUGAAGACCUAGCUGGAUGCAGUACAGCAUGUGCCUCUCUUCUGACGGCUGUAUCUAGACAGUUACAGAACAGGCUAACUGCUCUGGAAGCUUUACUUCAGACAAGAUAUGGCUUGUACAGCUCUCCAUUUGAUCCAGUUUUGUUUGACUUGGAAGUUAGUGGUGGUUCUUGCAAGAAUGCUUUCAACAGCAGCAUUGGUGUGCAGUCAGAUGAGAUUGACCUCUCAGAAAUACUCUCAGGGAAUGGCAAGGUAAGCAGCUGCGCAGCUGCAGAGGGCAGUUUCACAUCUUUAACUGGACUCCUUGAAGUUGAACCUCUGCACUUUACUUGUGUUUCCACUAGUGAUGGUACCAGGGUGGAAAGGGAUGAUGCAAGCAUGUUCACCGUGAGUACAUUUGGAGUAACACCAUCAGUAGGAGGCUUUACAACCGGCACUGUGGGUGAGGCCUCAACUGCAUUGAGUUCUGCUGCUCAGGUUGCCCUUCAGUCACUGUCUCAUGCCAUGGUGUCAGCAGAGCAACAGCUCCAGGUUCUUCAAGAAAAACAGCAACAACUUCUUAAACUGCAGCAGCAGAAAGCAAAGCUGGAAGCCAAAUUGCAUCAAACAACAUCAGCAGCAUCAGCAGUGGGACCAAUUCACAAUUCAGUGCCUUCAAAUACUUCUGCAACACCUGGAUUCUUCAUCCAUCCUUCAGAUGUAAUACCACCAACCCCUAAAACAACCCCAUUGUUCAUGACGCCCCCUCUGACCCCUCCCAAUGAGGCAGUUUCCACUGCCAUCAGUGUUGAGCUUGCUCAGCUCUUCCCAGGCUCAGUGAUAGACCCACCUCCAGUCAACUUAGCAGCUCACAACAAAAAUUCAAACAAAAUGAAAACAGCAUGUCAAGCGCAGAAUCCAGUGGGAACUGGUUUAGCCCUUGCAAUCUCUCAUGCUUCUCACUUCUUACAACCUCCACCUCAUCAGUCUAUUAUCAUAGAGAGGAUGCACUCUGGUGCACGCCGUUUUGUGACAUUAGACUUUGGCAGGCCCGUUCUCCUCACAGACGUACUGAUACCUACCUGUGGAGAUCUGGCUUCUUUGUCUAUUGACAUUUGGACUCUGGGAGAAGAGAUUGAUGGACGGCGUCUGGUGGUGGCUACAGAUAUAAGCACUCAUUCUCUUAUUUUGCACGACUUAUUGCCUCCUCCAGUUUGCAGAUUCAUGAAGAUCACCGUUAUAGGGCGAUAUGGUAGUACAAAUGCAAGAGCAAAGAUUCCGCUUGGAUUUUACUAUGGGCACACCUACAUCUUGCCUUGGGAAAGUGAACUUAAAUUAAUGCAUGAUCCACUAAGGGGUGAAAAUGAUUCUACCGGUCAGCCGGAUAUAGACCAACACCUAACGAUGAUGGUGGCACUGCAAGAAGAUAUACAAUGCAGAUAUAAUCUCGCUUGUCAUAGGCUUGAGACCCUAUUGCAAAAUAUUGAUCUUCCACCACUGAACAGUGCCAACAAUGCUCAGUACUUUUUGAGAAAACCUGACAAAGCAGUAGAGGAAGACACCAGAGUAUUUUCAGCCUAUCAGGAUUGUAUUCAGUUACAGCUCCAGUUGAAUUUGGCUCACCAUGCUGUGCAGCGGCUGAAAGUGUCCCUGGGAGCCAGUAGAAAGCUACUUCCUGAAAUGUUUGAUCCAAAGGAACUAAUUCAGAACUCGUCUACAGAACAGCUGCGAACUAUAAUUCGCUAUUUGUUGGACACACUUCUCAGUUUGCUACAUUCAUCCAAUGGUCAUUCUGUUCCAUCAGUACUUCAAAGCACUUUUCACGCUGAAGCCUGUGAGGAACUUUUUAAGCACUUGUGUAUCAGUGGAACUCCCAAAAUCCGGCUGCAUGCAGGGUUAUUGCUGGUCCAGCUUUGUGGUGGAGAGAGAUGGUGGGGACAGUUCUUAUCUAAUGUUCUGCAAGAACUUUACAAUUCUGAGCAACUCCUCAUCUUUCCUCAGGACAGGGUGUUCAUGCUUCUGUCCUGUAUUGGCCAAAGAUCACUUAGCAACAGUGGAGUUCUUGAAGGAUUGCUUAGUCUUUUGGAUAACUUGCUUUCACCCCUUCAACAGCAGUCCUCUCAGCAGCGACGAGCUGAAGGUGUUUUGGAUAUUCCUAUGAUUAGUUGGGUAGUAAUGCUGGUUUCGCGUCUACUGGACUAUGUGGCAAGUGUGGAAGAUGAUGCCAAAAAGCACUUAAAUGGGAAAGAGAGAGAAAGGACAGUAUCAGGAAACCAGUGGAGCUUCAUUAACAACAGUCUUCAGUCUCAGAGCAUGAGUAGGUCAUCAAAAGGAAAUAGCAGUUUAGAUCGGUUGUACUCCAGAAAAAUAAGAAAGCAACUAGUUCAUCAUAAACAGCAGUUAAAUCUGUUGAAAGCCAAACAGAAGGCCUUGGUGGAACAAAUAGAAAAAGAGAAAAUCCAGAGUAAUAAAGCAUCUUCAUAUAAGCUUUUAGUGGAGCAGGCAAAACUUAAACAAGCCACAUCAAAACAUUUCAAGGACUUAAUUCGACUUCGACGCACAGCUGAAUGGCCCCGCUCCAAUUUGGAUGCAGAAGCAUCAACAACCAAGGACUCACCAGAAGUUGAACCCUUGCCUUUUACUUUAGCUCAUGAACGAUGCAUCUCUGUGGUUCAGAAGCUUACCCUUUUUCUUCUGUCAAUGGAUUUUACUUGUCAUGCUGAUCUUUUGCUUUUUGUAUGCAAGGUCCUUGCUAGGAUUGCAAAUGCCACUAGACCAACCAUACAUUUAUGUGAAAUUGUUAAUGAUCAGCAGUUGGAAAGAUUACUACUUCUCCUUGUGGGAACAGACUUCAAUCGAGGGGACAUCUCUUGGGGUGGAGCAUGGGCACAGUAUUCUCUAACAUGCAUGGUCCAGGACAUCCUGGCAGGUGAACUGCUUACUCCAAUUCUGUUAGAUUCAGUGGAUGAAGGGAUAGUGGCAGAGGAACCUGGGGCAUCGGCAGGAGAUUCCGAUGAUUCUCUUCAGCAGCCUAAUGCUAUUCCAUUGGUUGAAAGCAUAGAUGAAGCAUUAGCUCCUGAUAUUGCAGGUGCUACACCUCUGUCAACUUUGGAAAAAGAUAAAGAGAUAGACUUUGAUUUUAUCCAGGACCUUAUGGAUAUUGAUAUUGAUCCUUUAGACAUCGAUUUGGAAAAGGAUCCACUGGCUGCUAAAGUUUUCAAGCCUAUAAGCAGUACCUGGUAUGACUACUGGGGUGCCGACUACAGUAGCUACAGUUACAACCCAUAUAUUGGUGGAGUUGGGAUUCCUGUUUCAAAACCACCCGCUGCUACAGAAAAACCUGGAUCCCAAAGUGUGUCUAUUUCUGUUUCUCAAGCUUUAGAUGCUAGACUGGAAGUCGGUCUGGAGCAGCAGGCAGAAUUGAUGCUAAAAAUGAUGUCAACGCUAGAAGCAGACUCUAUUUUGCAAGCUUUAACAACGACAUCUCCAACAAUUUGUCAAGCUUCUAAUGGAACAGAUGAUUCCUUACUUAGGGGACUGCAUGCCUCUAAUACAAAUAACCAGCUUAUUGCUCAGCCAUCUUCAAUUCCUAUGCUCAGCACCUGCUUCAAUAAGCUGUUUUCCAUGCUUCAAGUUCACCAUGUCCAACUUGAAUCUCUUCUACAGUUGUGGCUUACUUUAAGCUUGAAUUCCAGCUCUCCAGGAAGUGAGGAAAAUGGGUCUGAUGUCUUUUUGUUUAAUGCCAGCAGAAUACCUACGAUUCCUCUGAAUCAAGCAUCCAUUACCAGCUUUUUAACAGUCCUGGCUUGGUAUCCAAACACCUCUCUGAGGACCUGGUGCCUUGUUCUUCAUAGUCUGACCCUAAUGACCAACAUGCAUUUAAACAAUAGCCAGAAUGCCCUUGGAGGACACGAAAACACUGCGCAAUUGAUGGUUUCUGAUCCUAAUCUAAUACUUGUUGCAGUGCGUUUUCUGUCUGGAACAAAUCCUCAUGGAACCAGUCAGCACAGUUCACAGGUUGGACCAACAGCUACACAAGCAAUGCAGGAAUUCCUCACAAGAUUACAAGUACAUCUGUCCUCAACUUGUCCACAAAUGUUUAGUGAAUUUUUGUUGAAGCUUAUUCAUAUUUUGUCAACUGAAAGGGGUCCUUUUCAGUCUGGUCAGGGUCCUCUUGAUGCUCAGAUCAAGCUGCUGGAAUUCACAUUAGAACAAAACUUUGAGGUAGUAUCUGUCAGCACCAUCUUAGCAGUUAUUGAAGCCAUCACAUUUCUGGUACACCAUUAUAUAACCUGCUCGGACAAAGUGGUGUCUCGCAGUGGAUCAGAUAGCUCAGUUGGGGCACGUGCCUGUUUCGGAGGGCUGUUUUCCAACAUCAUUCGCCCUGGGGAUGCCAAGGCUGUUUGCGGAGAGAUGACACGUGACCAACUUAUGUUUGAUCUUCUAAAGCUGGUAAACAUUUUAGUCCAACUACCUUUGUCCACUGAUCGAGAAUUCAGUGCAAGAUUACCAACAAUGAGCAGUACCACAUCAGACAGUGUUUCUGAUGAAGAAAAAGCAUGCGGCAGCAAGGAAAGCAAUGGAUGUAAUUCACUUAAUCAAAGUCCAGCUGCAGGCGUUGCCGACUUGGUCUUGGCCAAUCAACAAAUCAUGAGCCAGAUCCUCUCAGCACUUGGACAGUGCAAUAGUAAUGCAAUGGCCAUGAUUAUAGGGGCUAGUGGCCUUCAUCUGACAAAACAUGAAAACUUUCAUGGAGGCCUGGAUGCAAUAUCAGUUGGAGACGGUUUAUUUACAAUUCUAACAACCUUAAGUAAGAAGGCAACCUCUGUUCAGGUGAUGCUUCAGCCCAUUCUCACUUAUAUGGCUUGUGGCUACAUGGGGAGGCAGGGAUCACUUUCCACAUGCCAGCUCUCUGAACCGUUGUUAUGGUUUAUAUUGAGGGUCCUGGAUACAACUGAAGCACUUAAAGCAUUCCAUGAUAUGGGGGGUGUUCAGCUUAUUUGUAAUAACAUGGUAACAAGCACACGGGCAAUUGUGAAUACAGCAAGGAGCAUGGUGUCCACUAUCAUGAAGUUUCUUGACUCUGGCCCAGGCAAAGUUGCAGAUGGCAGCCUAAAAGCAAGAGUUUUGGCAUCUGAGCCAGAUAAUGCAGAAGGGCUUCAUAAUUUUGCACCAUUAGGCACCAUUACCUCCAGUAGUCCUACUGCCCAACCAGCUGAGGUUCUUUUACAAGCAACUCCACCUCAUCGUAGAGCGCGCUCUGCAGCCUGGUCUUACAUUUUUCUUCCUGAGGAAGCUUGGUGUGAUCUGACCAUUCAUCUUCCAGCAGCUGUGCUGCUCAAGGAGAUUCACAUUCAACCGCAUCUUGCAUCACUUGCAACUUGUCCAUCCUCAGUGUCUGUAGAAAUCAGUGCUGAUGGGGUGAACAUGUUGCCCUUAUCCACACCAGUUAUCACCAGUGGCCUCACAUAUAUCAAAAUUCAACUUGUCAAAGCAGAAGUGACAUCUGCAGUGUGUCUGCGUCUCCAUCGACCAAGGGAUGCUAGCACCCUGGGUCUUUCUCAAAUUAAACUACUAGGACUUACUGCCUUCGGCAACACGUCAUCUGCUACUGUUAACAACCCUUUCCUUCCUUCUGAAGACCAAGUGUCCAAAACAAGUAUUGGCUGGUUAAGGCUAUUACAUCAUUGCCUGACUCACAUUAGUGACCUGGAAUCUAUGAUGGCAAGUGCAGCUGCCCCUACAGCUAACCUCCUGCAGACCUGCGCAGCCUUACUGAUGUCUCCAUACUGCGGGAUGCACUCCCCUAACAUUGAAGCUGUGUUGGUGAAGAUUGGCCUCCAAUCCACUCGCAUAGGACUCAAGUUAAUAGAUAUUCUUCUUAGAAAUUGUGCCGCAUCUGGUACUGACCCUGCAGAUUUGAACAGUCCAUUGCUCUUUGGCAGACUGAAUGGCCUUUCUUCUGACUCGACCAUUGACAUUCUAUACCAGCUUGGAAUAACUCAGGAUCCUGGUACAAAAGACAGAAUCCAAGCUUUGCUCCAGUGGGUUCAUGAUUCUUCAAGAGUUGCUGCGUUGAAAAAAAGCGGGCACAUUAGUUACAUCAAUCCCAUCAGCUCACCCAGAGAAUAUGGUCUUCUGAUGCCUUCACCGUCUCAUUUGCACUGUGUAGCUGCCAUUCUUUGGCAUAGUUAUGAGCUGCCUGUGGAUUAUGACCUACCUGUUUUACUUAACAGGGAGUUGUUUGAGCUUCUCUACAACUGGUCUAUGUCUCUUCCUUGUAACAUGGUUUUGAAGAAAGCAGUUGACAGCUUAAUUUGCUCUAUGUGCUACAUUCACCCAAACUAUUUUUCUUUGUUGAUGGCUUGGAUGGGCAUCACUCCUCCUGUGCAGACUCAGCAUCGACUGUCAAUGACUGAUGACAGCAAAAAAAAAGACCUCGGUGUUGGCUUAACAGAUGAUUCAAAAAAUGCACAGGCUUCCAUCUGCCUUACAGAAUCCCACUUAGCUACACUUGCUGCAGCUUCACAGUCUCCAAAAGCAAUCAAACAGUUGUUGGAAUCCGGUUUGCCUUCUUUACUUGUUCGAAGCUUGGCAAGCUUUUGUUUUGGACUCCUGACAUAUUCCGAUUGUCCAUUGCCUUCUCUUGAAUUUCCUGUUGAAAGAACUAGACGGCACCACUCCCAGCAGCCUCCAGUUAAAGUGCCACUGACAGCAGACUUGGUUGCUCCAGUUCUUCGAUUUCUCACUGAUGUGGGUAACAGCCACGCGAUGAAAGACUGGUUAGGAGGACCAGAGGUGAAUCCAUUGUGGACAGCUCUCCUUUUCUUGUUAUGCCACUCCAGUGCUAGUGCUGGAGGUCAUUUAACAAAUAACCAUCAGCCUUCUGCCCAGCCUUCAGGAUCUAGAUAUUCAUUGGCUUCAUCAUCUGCAGGAAAUGGCUUGACCACACAGCAAAGGACUGCCUUUGAAAAUGCAGCGGUUGCUUUCUUUUUGCAAUGCAUCUCUUGUCACCCAAACAAUCAAAGGCUCAUGGCUCAGGUUCUUUGUGACCUGUUUCAGUCUGCUCCACAACGAAGUAAUGUACCCACAUCUGGCAACAUUUCAGGCUUCAUCCGAAGGCUUUUCUUGCAAUUGAUGUUAGAAGAUGAGAAGGUUACAGUCUUUCUUCAGUCUCCUUGUCCGCUAUAUAAGGGGAGAAUCAAUGCCACAAGCCAUGUAAUUCAACAUCCUAUGUAUGGAGCUGGUCAUAAGUUCAGAACUCUUCAUCUUCCUAUCUCUACAACCUUAGCUGAAGUUCUUGACCGGGUAUCGGAUACUCCAAGUAUUACAGCCAAGCUUAUUAAUGAGCAGAAAGAAGAUAAGGAGAAAAAGAAUCAUGAAGAAAAAGAAAAAAUGAAGGCAGAUAGUGGCUUUCAGGAUAACUACAGUGUUGUUGUUGCUUCAGGGUUGAAAUCACAGUCUAAGAGGGCUGUUUCAAUUCCUCCUCGUCCCCCUUCUCGUAGAGGAAGAGUUAUGACUGAUAAACUGACUUCAUCAUCUUCUGGGGUAGAGUCAUCCACUAAAGCAAUCAGUGUUCCUGUUUUUCAUCUUUAUCAUAAACUUUUGCCAGGUCAGCCUCUACCAGCAGAAAUGACACUUGCUCAACUGUUAACUUUGUUGUAUGACCGCAAACUCCCCCAGGGCUACAGGUCAAUAGAUCUAACUGUCAAGCUUGGAUCCAAAGUAAUCUCCGACCCCAGUCUGUCAAAAACUGAUUCAUUCAAACGACUUCGAACAGAGAAAGAUCAUGGAGAGAUCAUGAACACUUGUUCAGAUGAUGAGCCUAUGGUCCAAAGUGAAGAUUGCAUUGAAGCUGCCAUUGAUGAGUCACUGCUAGAAACUAAACCCAUUCAAUCUCCACUCCAAGUAUUUGCUGGAAUGGGUGGUCUUGCGCUUAUCGCUGAGCGCUUACCUAUGCUGUAUCCUGACGUUAUCCAGCAGGUGAGUGCUCCUGUAGUUUCCUCCACCACUCAGGAGAAACCUAAGGACAGUGAUCAGUUUGAAUGGGUCACCAUUGAGCAGUCAGGGGAGCUGGUUUAUGAAGCUCCAGAAACUAUCGCUGCAGAGCCUCCUCCAAUGAAGUCUUCAGUUCAGACCAUGUCUCCCAUUCCCGCUCACUCUCUGGCAGCAUUUGGGCUGUUCCUUCGGCUUCCAGGCUAUGCAGAAGUAUUACUUAAAGAAAGGAAGCAUGCACAGUGUCUGCUGCGAUUGGUGCUUGGAGUAACAGAUGAUGGAGAAGGAAGUCACAUCCUGCAAUCACCAUCAGCAAAUGUUCUCCCUACUCUCCCAUUUCAUGUUCUGCGCACUCUGUUCAGCACCACCCCAUUGACUACUGAUGAUGGAGUACUCCUCAGGCGCAUGGCUUUGGAGAUCGGUGCAAUCCAUCUUAUUCUGGCUUGCUUGUCUGCUCUAAGCCACCAUGCCCCCAGAGUGCCUAAUGCAAGUCCCAACCAGGCAGAGCCUCAUGUUUCGAGUGGACAUGUGAAUGCUUCCAGUGAAGAGCAGCAGCUUUACUGGGCUAAAGGGACAGGAUUUGGAACUGGGUCCACUGCAUCAGGCUGGGAUGUUGAACAGGCUUUAACAAAACAGAGGCUAGAAGAAGAACAUGUUACCUGCCUAUUACAGGUUCUUGCAAGUUACAUCAAUACAGCUGGUAGCAGUGUGACGGGAGAUCCCCAUAAUGGUGAGGGCAGAGGACAAAACAGUAAUGCUCUUCCAUGUGUUCUUCAGGAGUUACUUAGCCAGUCUUGUCUCAUCCCUGCUAUGUCAUCUUACCUUCGGAAUGAUUCAGUGCUCGACAUGGCAAGACACGUUCCACUGUAUCGGGCACUUCUGGAACUUCUCCGUGCCAUCUCAUCUUGCACAUCUCUGGUUCCACUUCUGCUCCCACUCUCGGGUGAUCAAAGUGAGGAGGAGGAGGAACGCUCUGAAUGUCAGGCUUCUGUGGGUACUCUUCUUGCCAAGAUGAAGACCUGUGUUGACACUUACACUAACAGACUGAGAUCUAAGAAAGAUAAAACAAAAGGAAUCCUAAAGGCAGAAGCUUCAGAUCCUGAGCCAGAAGGACUCACUUUGUUAGUGCCCGACAUCCAGAAGACUGCUGAUAUUGUUUAUGCUGCCACAACAAGUUUGCGACAAGCAAAUCAAGAAAAGAAAUUGGCUGAAUGUUCCAAGAAGGCUGCUGCCAGACCCAAUCCAUUGUCUGUUUUACGCUCUCUUGAAGAAAGAUAUGCCGCUAUCAUGAGGAAACUCCAAUUUGAUACAUUUGAGAUGGUGUCUGAAGACGAAGAUAACAAAAUGGUGUUAAAGGUUAACUACCACUACAUGUCUCAGGUGAAGAAUGCCUCGGAUGCAAACAGCGCUGCCAGAGCUCGACGACUUGCUCAGGAAGCUGUGACACUAUCCACCUCAUUGCCUCUCUCAUCCUCUUCCAGUGUGUUUGUCAGAUGCGAUGAUGAUAGAUUGGAUAUCAUGAAGGUUCUCAUCACUGGACCUGCAGAUACUCCUUAUGCAAAUGGCUGUUUUGAAUUUGAUGUGUAUUUUCCCCAAGAUUAUCCUAAUUCCCCACCGCUUGUAAACCUGGAAACUACAGGAGGACAUAGUGUACGAUUUAAUCCUAAUCUGUACAAUGAUGGCAAAGUGUGUUUAAGUAUUCUUAACACGUGGCAUGGGAGACCAGAAGAGAAAUGGAACCCCCAAACUUCAAGUUUUCUACAAGUCUUGGUAUCGGUGCAAUCCCUUAUUCUCGUAGCAGAGCCUUAUUUUAAUGAACCUGGUUAUGAAAGAUCAAGGGGCACUCCAAGUGGGACCCAGAGUUCCAGGGAGUAUGAUGGAAAUAUACGGCAAGCGACUGUCAAAUGGGCAAUGUUAGAGCAAAUUAGAAAUCCAUCACCCUGCUUUAAAGAGGUGAUUCACAAACACUUCUACUUGAAGAGGGCCGAAAUAAUGUCACAGUGUGAAGAAUGGAUUGCAGACAUUCAGCAAUACAGCAGUGACAAGAGGGUUGGCCGGACGAUGUCUCAUCAUGCAGCAGCUCUCAAGCGCCACACAGCCCAGCUGCGUGAAGAACUGUUGAAGCUCCCCUGCCCUGAAGGCUUGGAGCCCAACGUCGACGAAUUCUCAGAGACAAGCUCAGUGCUGAUGAAUUCAACAAAGGAGCCGCUGUGCCAUGUACAGGAAAAAGCAGGCAGCAGCAAGGAUUCGUAUUCCAGUGACAUCAAACUCUGAGCUUGGCGCCUACGUUCGUACUCUUUAUUAAACAGACUUGACGGCUGAAGCACAAGCCAAACUUUGUCCAUAUUUGUAUGUAAGAAGCUAAUUAUGUAAUAGUUUAAGGAAAACAGCAACCCUGAACCGAUGCUAUGCCCUUACGAUUCAGAAUAAUUCACAAGGAUCUUUUAUUUACCUGUAAAAGAGUGUAAACUUUUUUUGUGCUUUUAUUUUCAAUUGUGAAAUAACCACUGAUCGGUAAUGUUAUUAAAACUUGUUUAUGUACACAUGAAGAGCCGGAGGAGAUCAUUGAUUAGAUGAGGGAACGACGACCUUUAGAGAAGAAUGUUUACUGAAUGUUCAUUUUUUUGACUGUUAGCACAGGGACGUUUCCCCCCCACCCCGAGACUUUUAUCAGUCAUCACGGAUACCAUGAGAGAAAAAAAGCAACAAAAAAAAAAAAGAACGAAAAGAAUCUCCCUCCAGACAGAGUCGCACGUUCGGCCAUUGCCAUCAUUACUAUUUGAUUUCUACAGAUUCCUGUAAACAUCAAUAAAAAGCUCAAUGGACGUUGUUUCCUGCUGCGAUUGGUUGGUUCCUUUUUAGUCACUGGAUACACGUCUCUCUAACUACAGACUGACCGUAGUCCCUCGGCUUCUGCUAAUUCUCAAAUGCAGCUUGUUUUACUUCAGUCGGAAAUGUAAACCUCAGGAUGUUUGAGUUGUUGGGAUUUUGUGUGGAAAGAAGCCCAGUUAAGACGGUAAGAGAAACCUGCAAAGGGUGGGAUGGGACGGGAAUGGAUUGUGUUUUGUUCUUUGUUUUUUUUUUGUUUUUUUUUCCCCUUCCCAAAUUCCCAUAAUGUUUUUGUUGUUCAUUUUCGCAUGCUUAAAGUGUUGGGUAAACCUAUGAAUGCACAAACAUCCGUUUGUUUUCUUUUUGCUUUGUCUGUCCCGAGUCGGCAGCGUCCUGACGCGCCCCUUUUGUCUGCAGACCUCCAGGACGCGGCCGGCAGCAUCGGCUUUUCCUUUCAGGCUGCAGUAUCAACAGGAAAUGUGUGCGUUGGUUCUGCGGGCAGGCGCUCAGCCUCCUGUACGAGAGCGAGAACCGUUAACAACAGGCCUUCUCUUUUGGUUUGGUUUUUCUACAUCGUUGAAGGUUUACCCCUAAAAGUCUGGUUCAAAAAUGAUUUCAACUGCCUGCAAAAAUGUAUGUCAUUUUAACAGAAUAAUUUGCACUGUAAACCAGGAUGCUCUGUUGUAUUUACUGUUCAGAGAGAUUUCUUACUUUUAAUGCUGUUUAAAUAUUAGCAUUGUUUCUAAUGGAGGUCCAGAAGCUGAAACUUACUGUUGUUACCUGAAAUCCCGAAGAGGUGGUUUAGGAAACAAGCAUGGUAAGAAAAAUAAAGAACUCUUUUUGGUAAA